UCCAUUUCCCUUCCUAAACCAUUUCUAGUACCUUCUCUGCCGCUCCCACACUCUCUUCCGCCCUUCUUUCGCGUCUCCUCUGCUUUCCCACACUCAUCUCUAUUUCUCCGGUAACUUCUCUCCGGUUCUGUCUCCGGUUAUCUUCAAUUGGUCUCCACGAAACAACUAUGAGGGAAAUCGUCUCUGUUCAAGUUGGAGGUUUUGCAAACUUUGUGGGCUCUCAUUUCUGGAACUUCCAGGAUGAGUUGCUUGGAUUGGCGUCGGACCCUCAUGCUGAGCCAGUUUUCAGGAAUCAGCAUACAAACAUGGAUGUCCUCUACCGUACUGGUGAAACCCCAAGGGGCGAUGUUUCUUAUACUCCUCGCAUGGUUUCUCUUGAUUUUCAAGGAUCUCUUGGAUCUAUGAGUACAUGUGGGACGUUGUACAAUGAAAGCUCACCUGCAGAUUCAGAUGUCAUCACCUGGACUGGUAAUGUUUCUACCCACGCAUCUGAACCUCGCAAGAAGAAUUUGUUCUUGCAACGUCUGUACGAGGAAGAGGAAGAGAGUUCAACUCUGAUGAAUGGUGUAAAUGGUGGUGGGAAGAGUUCUUCUCAGAGAGAGAUUCAUGAUAGGGAUGUUGUUGAAAAUUUAGAAAAUGUUGUCAAAUACUGGACAGACUUCUCAAAAGUUCACUAUCAUCCCCGGAGUUUAUAUGAAUUUAGUGGAUUGUGGAUGGAUUCUCAAGAGUUUGAUAAUUAUGGGAUUGGGAGGGAUGUCUUUUCUGGAGGAGAAGAAAUUAAUGAGAGAAUUCGUUUUUUUGUGGAAGAGUGUGACCAUAUUCAGGGUUUUCAGUUUAUUGUGGAUGACUCGGGAGGUUUCUCCGCUGUAGCUGCAGAUCUUCUAGAGACUAUUGCGGAUGAAUAUGGGAACACUCCAGUUUUGCUAUAUUCUGUCCGCAGUCCUGUUUCCUUCAUGAACCCCAUAAGCCAGAAGCAGACAGUCUCUAGGGAUCUUCAUGACGCAGUUUCAUUUUCAAAGUUAUCAUCCUUUUGUAAACUAAUUGUUCCUAUUGGCUUACCUUCUCUGAGCACAAGUAAGGCUGCAACGUUCCUCAGCGUCAAAGAUGAAAAGCCUCAUCACUGCAGCGCAGUUUAUGCAGCCACACUACACAGUGUUAGCCUUCCUUUCCGGAUGGAACAACUUGGGCCGGCCGCAGAUUCUCGUGAUAUUUCUGGUUCCAUGGAUGUUAACGGGCUUGUACAGAUGCUAGCAGGGCAAUCUAGGGAGAAUAUGGUGGCCAUUAUGGAUGUUGCAAUGCCAGCUCCUCCUUUGACUGGGGCACAAGGCAACCAAACUUUGUUGGGUAAUUUGCAUCCAUUGACUCCGGAGAUAAGUGAGGAUGUAGCAGACUUUCACGCAGUGGAAUCCAUUACUGCCCUCGGAACCUUUAGUGCAGGAGUUAGUCGGGCUUCAGUUCCCGAAGUGAAUGCCAGAGUUGAGGCUGCUUAUAAACGGGCAACAUCAAGGCCAAUGUUCUGCCACCUUUCGGUGGCUCAAUGCCCCCUUCCAAUACCCUUGCCAUUUCCUUCGAUCUUCGGCGCCAGCGUUGGCCAGCAGGGUGAGCUGCUAGGUAGCCCGAUCACUGGCUCCUCAUCAAGGGGUUCUCUUGAUGUUCACUCCAUCCCGUUGGCGGCUAGACUGCGUUCAAGCAGCGCUGUCUUGCCAUUUUUGGAGAAUAGGUUGGGGAAACUACAUAGGUAUGGGAUUGAGAGAGGAGCACCUGGUGCUCAGUUGCUUAGAAGUUGGGGCUUUGGGCAGGACGAGUUGGAAGACAUGGGUGAGAUGAUGUCAAAAAUGGUGGUGCAAUUGAAGCCCGACUCUGGAAUGUCCUCAGAUUCUGACUGAGUUAUAAAUCCAGUCUCCCUCUUUUGUCACUUUCCGUCUAUGCUUUAUAUCUGCAUUUAUAGAAGAUGACAAGCUAGCUAUAACAUAGGACAAAGGUUAGAUUGGGUAAAUUCUGAUGUUUUCCACCUAAAAUGGGAGGGGAUCGACUUUUACCAUCCGAUAAGUUCUUGUCAAAUCUAUCCUUUGAUGUAUCUCCAAAUUUGAAAUGCACCUUGGUUUUCUAUCUGUUCCUGC